CUGCCCAGGCGCACGAUAGAAAGAGACGAAGCACUCGCCAACAAGUCUUUAACAACAUUCACCAUUGCAAUCUCACGUUGAAAUCGCGCGUCCACACGAAAUUUUUAACAAAAUACCAGACGCAUAGUAUAGACAGUUUUCGUGCAACUCCAAACCUGCUCUUAUGACGUUUGGAGUCGGUAAAAGUCUUUGGGUGGGAGUAAAACGUGUCUUGAUAUGUGACCGUGACAGUGGCAAAGAAACUUCGUGCAGAACGGAUUCUGCAAAUGUGUUACUUGACAAACUAAAUCCUAUUCCAUUUUGUACUUGAAUUGCAGUGUGUUUGUGAUCAAAAGUGGAUUUCCUUGCAAAUUUUACAAGUGUAACAGAAGUGUCACGACAUGUAUAGAGUUUGAGUGCAUUGGCCGAUGAAAAGGAGCUAAAAAACUGGGUUUGCUGAUUUCUCUUUCUUCGACGGUCAAUCGGAUAUUUUGGUGAGAGUACCAACAUGGAUUUUCGCCAUUUGUUUUUUAUAUUACCAAGUCAAUAGUCUACCAGUGACACGCUGACCCACCUCCUCACACGGUGAUGAAGUUAGAAGCACCAAGAUGGACAGAGGAAAAAAACAAAGGCUCAGAGAGAGGGUCCCUGGAGGACACAUCCUCUCAAUCACGCUGUACAUACUUCUCCUCACAACACAAAGCAGAUGCCAGAAUAUAAUUAAGGAAAGUCAAGGAGACACCAAAACUGUAGGAAAUUUAGCUUUAGUAGAAAAUAAACCCUGCCAUAGUUGUGAAACUAGGAAUAAAAUUAAUAAUGAAGUUGAUGAAAGAGUGACUGAAGAAGAAAACUUCGUAGAUGACGUCAUAGCGACGAUAGGGACGUUCACUAAAAACUAUUUACUUUUAAACAAAACAGAAAGUCAGUUAGAAGAUGAAGUAGAUAACUUAUUAGACGAUGCUCUAAGCAAAGAUCGAUACGAGCUUUUCGAUGGUGUUGAGAUAAAGAAAUCGAAGGACAAAGAAGCGAACGAAAAAGAAGAUGAGACAGAAAUAGAAAGAAAGGAUAAAGAGGAAGGGAGAGCGUUAUUUCCGAAAUAUUCUUACGAAUACAGACUGUAUCAGAAAGUGAAAACUUUUAUAGAUACACAUAUUUUGUCUAUCAACCUACCUAAAGCCGCCAGAUUCGUUGGGUUUAGAUCUUUCGGUUUGAAGAAGUUUUUCUUACCCCUGCUAAUUGGCGCGCAAGUAUUCAAGAGUAUUCUUCUCGCAAUGUUCCUGCCAAGCAUAUUGGGAAGUUUCGGCAAAAUCCUCGGUAAAGGCAUAUCUCAGCUGUCAGCAUCAUCGAGUCAAGCCAGCUACCCACCAGCGACGGUAGACGACCAAGGAGGCUACAGCAAUGACAAUAAAGACUUCAUGGGCUACGAAACCAACCCCAAUGGGGCCUACGCCUAUCCCCAAGAUGGCUACUACGCCGACCCGAACGAAGUCAACGACCUUUCUAACGUGGACAUGUCGAGAUUCGGCCCCGGUGGACAGAAAGUGGCCUUCCUGCCCGGAAAGAAUGAUUACUACAAGAACCAGAUGACUGCAGCGAGCAACAACUAUAAGGUGUUCCAGAAGAUUCCAGCUUCGUCAAUGAUCCUGAACAACUAUGAUCCGUUCUACUCCCCGCUGUUGUCCAGGCUAGAUGGGAUCUUCGCGAGACUUGGCCUGGCCCCAUCAGAGAACGCAGUAGACAGCGGCAUGCAAAUCGGAGGGCAGAGUCUCAGCGACGUCAAAUUGGAGGCCUGUCGCGAGCAACUCAUCUGCUUCAUGUAUGCCAGCCCUGCCAAGUAUGCGCCGUAUAGCAACUUGGUUUCUGCGCAGCUAAGCAGGGAACUGAAUGAGCUCCGUCGCCCUGUGUCCGACAACCCUGAGAUACUCCGGUUCUUCCGCUACAUGCGCGCGGCGCGUCGCGGCCAGGAGGGCUCAGACUGCAUGCGCGCGUUCCCCGCCUGCGUCGCCAACGCUGCUCCCGCGCACACUAUGAUCGCUGCCUACCACGAUAUCAAUAAACUUGUCACCGCGAGGAAACUGCAUAAUUGACGCUGAGAUUCCAGAACAAUGUUCUACAUGGCGAAACGAGAGCAGCUUUUAUUCGUCAAAUCAGAAAAUUUUAAAGUCUUGCAAAUGUUUUUGACAUGUUUCAAACUAAAGUUCUAUAAUCAUUAUUCAAAACCGUCAAGUGCGAGCCGGUCGCGCGCAUAAUGGGUUCCGUAUCGUUGACUAGAUAAACAACAAUAUGUACACUCAUAUUGCCUACCUGUUGCCGUUAUUGAUAUCGAGCAAAAAAUGUAAAAGAAAUCGCGUUUGUUGUAUGGUAGCCACCCUAAAAUAUUUAUUUUAUUUUUAGUAUUUCAUUUGUUGUUAUAGUGGCAACAAAAGUACAUAAUUUGUGAAAAAUUCAAUUAACUUCUUUGGCGGUUCUUGAGAUAGUCUGGUGACAGACAGACAGAAAGCGAAGUAUUAGUAUUAAGCUCGUUUUUUAUAUUUUAGGUACGGAACCCUAAAAAGCAGUGGUGUGAUUUUAUCAGACGAGAAACUGGAAGAACGAAAAGCAAUUUUCAUUAUAAGAGAACGCCACAGUAAUGACGUGUGUGUGUGUGUGUAGCUCUUUAAACACCGGAUAUUCUUCAUUACCGUGAACGCAAAAAUGUCCUAAAAUCUUUUGUCUUUUUGCAUAAUAUAUAUUCAGUUGAAAAUUGCGUGAGUUGGCGACAUACAUUUAAAAAAAGAAACUUUAUAUUUAAUUUUAUGGCAUUAAUUAUUUACCUUUUAGAAUUGAAUUUACCACUGUGGUAAAAUAAUUCGUCAUUCUAUUUAAAACUUUAAAAAAUGAGUGAA